AUGCUAGUCGGCCUUCUCUUCCAACUGUCAUCUGCUCCCCUUUGCCCUCAGCCCUCAGCCCUCAAGACGCGCGUUCGUCCAAUCUUUUUGCUAUCUGAGCCUCCUCGAUCUACUCUCUCUCUUGUUAUAAUGCCUCCCGCGUCCCCUCGUUACUUGUCUUCCUUUGGCGAAGACGACACAGAUGUGUUGUCGUCGCCCUUCUUGACCGGCGGCGCCCUACCUAUCAGCCGCACUCACUCCCCAAUCGAAAAUUGUCUCUUCGACGAAAACCCGCCCACCUACGACGACGUCUUCACUGCCAUCUCCACCACUCCACCGGAGCAUCUCGCGCGUCCCUCCUCCCCAGCUGGGGACUCCGACAAAGAGAAUGAGUGGCCCGUGGCUGCCGCCGUCGAGCCGCACUCGCCCCGCAACUCCUUUUUGCGCGCGAUCACUGUGACCAGCGAGCAAAUGAUCAAGUACCGACUGACGCGAGCGCUGAACGAGGGCCGCGAGCUGACCGUCCCCGAGAUGGUAGAAUGCCGCGUCAUCUUCCUGGACGAGUCGUUCGAGGCGGACCUUAUGGUGUGGCGCACUCGCGCUUUAGGGUUCUGGUACAUGCACGAUCCCGAGGACGCGCUCAAGGAGCCGCAGGAUCAGUGGUGGAAGAUGACGGGGGAAGACUACAGGCAAUUCACGCGUCGCUUGACCCUGCCGCCCUUCUCGCCCCCGACCAAGCUGGUGCAGUACAUGCCCCUUCCUCCACCUUCCAACCCGGAUUUCACCAUCGGCCCGCGCCCUGUCUUGGGGUCUGCGCUCGUUGAAGUCCUCCUCUCCGACCUGACGCCGCGGGACUUGGCGCACGCGACGGCGGGCUCGACGCUUCGUCCCGUACGUGGCAACACGUACAAGUUCAUCGACUUCUAUCCCGAGCUCGAACAGCCGAUGACGUUCGAGGCUGCGUGUCGUGCGAACGGGUUAGGAACCCCCAAGAUUUUGCGUCUGUCUGGCAAGGCGCCUGCCUGCGAACUUCCGCUGACGCCUCCCGUGCGCGACUUCCCGACGAUGCUCGAUGACAGUCCCGACCUUCCCGAGUUGGUGCCGGCGUUGUCCAGCCCAUUUUCGAGUCCGUCGCCGUCGAGUACUCCGCGCACUCGGUCGUGGGGCAGCUCGUCGACGCUGUUCUCGUCGUCGCCGCUCCCCCCGUCCGAGUUUGAGUACGACUCCGGUGCCGAGCCCGCUAGCCCGACCCCUGCGCGCAAUUGGAAGACUGGCCAGCGGGUUGAAGGACCUCGUGGUCGCUGGUAUAUGCCAAACAGGGUCGUGUUCCGCCAGCCACGCAACUCCCGCUUGUCGGCUGAAGGCAUAUGUGCCGCGGACGUAUGCCUGGCGUGGGAAGACUGCCCAGAACUCGGCCGCGAACGCUCCCAGCUAGUCAUGUCUUCGCACAAGCCCGGCGCGCGUCGCAAGGAUCGCGGCUUCGGUCACGACAUGGAUAUGCGAACAAACCUCGCGGCUCACCCUCAGCAUAUUUCCUUCGUCCUCUCGCAAGACUCCAGGCGCAUGAAUAGCACCGCCGCGACUUUUCAGCUACCGACUGCGAAGAAGCCACGCAAAGCUGCAGAUCUGAAGGCCCCUCACUCAGAAUGGCGUCCAAUCGAAGAUUGCGACGAGGACGACAUCGCGUUUCAAUAUCCCGGUGCCGACGCAGACGACCUCGAGCCGGACGAGGUUCAUUGUGAGCCGGGGGACAAGCGGAAGCGUCAGGCCGAUCCCAUGGACACCUGGAAGGCGUUCUCGGACCAGACAUACCUGGACGAGAUGAUGUGGGGCGAAGGUCUUCGAAACUCGCUCGCGGACCCUCAUUGCUCGACAUGUCUCGACAAAUACACGCCUCCCGAUCCCGCGCGCCCCAACGUCAUUCCAGCGUCGUCCCAUCCGACUCCCGGUCACACAGAUCGGCUCUUCUGCUGCUGGGAAUGCGGCGAUUUCAAUGAGUGUCUCGACUGCUGCUUGGAUCGACACCAGUGCAUGCCCCUCCACACGAUCGAGGAAUGGACGGGUGAAUACUGGUCAAAGGUGACCCUGUCGUCUAUGGGGCUGGUCUAUCAGUUAGGCCACGGAGGUCGCCCAUGCCCUCGUCCCGAACCCGCGGUCCGGACCGUGACUGUCCUCGACUACGGGAUACAUACUGUUCGCCUGCGGUAUUGCGGUUGUCGCUUAGGCCCAACGACCGAGCACGCCGUGCAGCUCCUCCGAAACCGAUGGUAUCCAGCGACAGCGACGAAUCCGGAGACUUGCGCCACAUUUGCGCUCUUGGACUGGUUUCGCCUGGCGUCGGUGCACGCAAAUGUCAACACACAUGGGCUUAUCAAGGUCCUGGAGAUGCGUACAGAUCCACUCGGCUUGAAGAGCGUGCCACGAGCCGGCAUCGGGAACACGAAGAAGGGUAUCAAGGGGACCAAGCCGGGCGAGCUCGCUAUCCGAUGCUGGGCAUGCCCGCGCGUCGGCGUUAAUCUGCCGCCGGACUGGCAGAAUGUGGCGGCAGCGGAGAUGUACCGGUUUCGCACCAUGCUCGCCGUCGACGCGAACUUCCGACUCAAGAAUCGGAUCAGGAAGAACGAGAACCGCGCGAGCGCCCUCGGCGAAGGGCUCGGCUACUUUGUGGCCACAGAACCAUACAAGGACCAUAUAAGUGGUUACGUGAAGGAGAGCGAUAUCAGCUCGUGCAUCGCUUUUGCAGCAUUAGCAGAGAAGGACACCAAGAUCACGAAGGGCCUGCGCGUGUCUGGCGUUGGCGGCGUCAUCUGCGCACGCCACGAGUUGGUCCAGCCGCACGGGUUUGCAGAUCUGCAGAAGGGCGAGCGGUACUGUAACAUGGACUAUGUCCUUUGCUCCGUCCUCAGCCAGAUCGGCAGUGCACAUACGACCUGCUCGUAUGAUAUUGGUUGUCAAUAUAUGACUAACUUCUACGAGCGCGUGAAGAAGCUCCCGGCGCACCUCCAACCCGACCCCCUCGCCGACCUCAGUUUCGGCCUGCUGGUCUGGCACGGCGCGAUACACGAGGAGAGCUGUCGUUCGCGCAACUCGCUCAAGUAUCACGAUGGCGUGGGGCGCACCGAUGGCGAGGGCAUCGAGCGUAUCUGGUCGCUCUUCAACGCGAUAUCCUACGCGACGAAGGAAAUGGGGGAGGGGGCGCGGCAUGAUGCGAUCGAGGACAAGUCCGACAGCGUCAACUUUGUUAAGAAUAUUCACCAAUACCCCACACUGCUGCGCAAGCUGGUCAUCGCGCUGGACGAGCGCCAAGUUCAGAUCGAGGCCUUCAAGGUCGUCAACGAGAACGUUGAUCGGAGGCAGAUCAUGGUAUGGGAGGCGGAGGUUCGCAAUUGGCGCAAAGAUCCGAGCUCGAAGAGUCCAUUCGCCAUGCCCACGGCUCAGGGCGUGUCCGAGGCUGAGGUCCGGCGAAUGCUGGACUCUGAGGAGAUGGAGGACGUCAAGCAGGGCCGCGCCGGAGUACAUACAACCAGUCAGACAACAUUUCUGACUGCAGGCUUCCAGUUGGAGGCUGCACAGCGAAGGAUCAUGGCAGAUCUUAAUGGGCCCGCCGUCUUGCCCAUGAAUCUAGAAGGGCUCAUCAACAAUCGCCGUCGCGCCUUCCUCACGAAGAAGGACAAUUUUGAGCAACUUCAGAAGCUCUACAUGCCCGGCGCGCAGGCAUGGAUCGAAUCUUCCGAAGCCGACUCUCAACGCGCUAUCGACGCCGAGCAAAUGAAUCUCUACAUGCCAUCCGACCUGCCGAGCAACAUCCGCCGCAUGUCGUGCGCCGAGGGCUUGCCCGAGAAGGAGCUCAAGCUUCGGGUGGCUCAGGCUCGCGACUUCCUGGACGCCAUUCGACGCAAACUACACGCUAAGCAGUAUCACAUCGUUUGGCGCAACGAGAACGCGACAGGGCAGAAGAAGUCAACUCGCGCGCGCCAGCUGUUGGAGACGUUGCAGAACAAGAUCAACUUGGAUGCUGUGGGCUAUCGUCAUGCGCGGGAAGCGAUCCUCGCUCUGCGGGGAGUGUUGGAUGCCCCCGACUUCCCCCCUCUUCUGGCUUCCGACCUGCGACUUGAAGGCGAAGAGGAGGAGCCGGACGCCGCCUCCAUCUCCGCCAUCGCGCGCGCCGGCCAAGUUAAUCGUCCGCAGCAUAUACACGUAUCGACAGGAACUCAGAGAAUGUCCUGGAUCUGGACUGCGACCGGCCUUCCCGACACCCAGAAGGAUGCGAACGUCGUUGAAACUGUCCGUUGCCUCUGGGCCAAGGCAUUGGCGCGCAAGGAGCGCUGGCAGGAAGAGGUCGUUAUCCUGCAGGAGGAGAUGCGACGCUGCCUGCGCAGCCUCGAGUCCGAGUCGCAGGCGUGGCGCACGCGAGCAGGCGUGGACAUCGGCCGAGGGGUCGAGUACGCAUCGGGCGUCCACGCGUACGGCAUGCGCCACGCAGAACAGCGGUUGGCAAUACGCAACCACUUCCUCGAGGGCUGGAACAAGCCCGUAGGCCGUGCGAAGCGCAAGAUCUUCGAAGACCAGAGGCAUUCUGGCGCGCUGGAUGAGGAUCUGGCAGCAAGUCUGGCCGCCGCUCGCGCCAUGAUGGAAGGAGGUGGGGCCAUUAGGACUGAGUUGGCGGCAGCCGUACUCGCGGGCGACGGCACUAGUCGAAGACGCGCAGGGCGCCUGCGAGGGCAGGGGCGCAUAGGGUGGGAGCAACAUCGGGAGCGCACGCGAGCACUGCGGCGCCGCUCAAAUGGGCUCGUCCAAGCUUUCUCGGGCGUCAAGGUUGCGCGACGGCAAUGGUACGCAGGGGUCCAAGGCAACGAGGAUGCGCGCGAGGGCGAGAGCGUGCGGCAGCAACGGGACGACACGGGAGGGGAGGGGAAGACGCGGACGCAGAGGCCGACGAGCUCGCGCAUGAAGACGGGCGGGCAGGCGCGACGGGCACAGGCGGAAAGUGGGGACGUGAAGCACGCGCGAGAGGCGGGGGCGAAGGCUGAAGGCGGAGAAGGACGCGCGCGGGGCGAGGGGACGAGGAUCAGAGGAGUGCGCGUGAGGGCGUGCGCGCAGGAGGGAGAGCACACGCGCGGGGAGUGCGGAUGGAGAGCACGCGCGCGAAAAGCGCAGGCGAGCGAAGCGCGCAGGCGGGCGAAGCGCGCAGGCGGGCGAGGCGCGCAGGCGGGCGAGGCGCGCAGGCGGGCGAGGCACGGCAUGGAAGGCGAGAAGAGGGCAUGGGCGGGAGAGCGCGCACGCAGGAGGGACAGCACGCGCGCGGGGAAGGAGUACGCGCGCGGGGAAGGAGUGCCGGAACCUGAGCCACGCAUCGCUGAGACCCGCAAGGCCGAGGAGCGCGGAUACGACGAGGAAGACGCGCGCCGCCCCCAUGCCAAGCAGCUCGACAUCGACUCCCAGUGGACGCGCGCUGACCAAGAAGGGGCGAAGGCGGUCUUGACUGGCUGGACGGCCGCGAGGGGGCCAAAAUUGGGCGAGCGGGGUGCCGGGGAGGGCGGCAAGGGUGCCGGAAGGGCGCCUGCGGCGCCGGAGCCCGCCCGCCGGCGCACCACAGUUAUUAACCAUUGA